AUGAAUUCAAAAAAUUCUUAUCUGAGGAAGGGGACAUCAGUGUUAUGGUUUCGUCAUGGAUUAAGAUUAAAAGAUAAUCCUGCUCUGUUAGCAGCUGUUAAAUCGUGUAAUGAAUUCUAUCCAGUGUUUAUAUUUGAUGGAGAAGUUGCCGGAACAAAGACUGCAGCCUAUCCUAGAAUGAAGUUUCUAGUAGAAAGUUUGAAUGAUUUAGAUAGACAGUUUAGAGCAUUAGGUGGAAGAUUAUAUUGUUUCAGAGGAGAUCCUGUUAAAAUAUUUACCAAUCUAUUUGUCGAAUGGAAUGUGUCCAAGUUGACCUUUGAAGUUGAUCCAGAACCAAUAUGGCAAGAAAGAGAUGAUAAAGUAAAAGGAUUAUGUGAAAGACACAACGUAGAUUGGGAAGAAUUUCAUAGUCAUACAUUAUGGAACCCUAAUGAGAUUAUUGAAAAUAAUGGAGGUCACCCACCUUUAACAUUUGAUUUGUUUAAACAAGUCAGUGAAUUGGUUGGUAGUCCAGCACGUCCAGAACCAGAUGCUGAUUUUACCCAUGUUAAUUUUGGCAGUAAAUCUGAUGAUGAUGAUAAUAAGUUUAAAAUUCCAUCAUGUGAAGAAUUAGGUGUUUAUUGUGAGGAUGAAAAACAGAAGAAACCUUACAAUAAUUAUAUUGGUGGUGAAACAAGAGGAAGAAAACUUCUAGAUUCUAGAAUGAAAGUUGAAAGUUUGGCUUUUGAAUCAGGAUACUGCAUGCCUAACCAGUAUAAACCAGAUCUAACUGGUCCACCAUUAAGUUUAAGUCCACAUUUAAGAUUUGGUACAGUGUCUGUUCGAGAGUUUUAUUGGAAAAUUCUAGAUGCGUAUGCUGAGGUGUAUCCCAAUCAAGAAGCACCAGUAUCUGUUAUAGCUAUGUUAAUCUGGAGAGAAUAUUUCUAUACUAUGUCAGUAAAUAAUCUACAUUUUAAUACUAUGAAAGAUAACCCAGUCUGUCUCAAUAUUAAAUGGUAUAAAAAUCAAGAACAUUUAGACAGGUGGACUAAUGGUAAAACAGGAUUUCCAUGGGUUGAUGCAUGUAUGAAUCAACUACGUUCUGAAGGUUGGUUACAUCAUGUUGGUAGACAUAUGGUAUCAUGUUUUAUAACUAGAGGUGAUUUGUGGCUCAGCUGGGAAGAUGGUCUGAAGGUUUUUGAUAAGUAUUUGAUUGAUGCUGAUUGGUCUGUAUGUGCUGGUAAUUGGAUGUGGGUUAGUAGUUCAGCCUUUGAGAAGAUGUUACAAUGUCCACAAUGUUUCUCACCCAGUAUGUAUGGCCGCAGAAUGGACCCUACAGGGGAGUAUAUAAGACGAUAUGUACCAGAAAUAGCUCGAUUCCCACUUCAUUUCUUGUUUGAACCAUGGAAAGCACCUUUGAAGGUACAACAGAAAGCUGGUUGUAUAAUUGAUAAAGAUUAUCCAGCUCCUAUGGUGAAUCAUCAAGAGGUGUCCAUCAGAAAUCAGAAAUUAAUGGAGGAAGCUAAAACUCUCAGUCGUGACCAAGCCAGUCAUUGUUGUCCAUCUAAUAAAAAAGAAGUUCGAGACUUUGUAUGGUUACCAGAUCAUACUCCAGCUGGUGGCCAUUGUUCCGGUGAUGGUUUAUGUGAAGGUAUAGAAUGCCUGUAA